AUGCAUUCUCGUGAUCAAUACAUGAAACCAGCCAAACGACAUUUAAGUGUCGAUAGGUUGUGGAAAGACGAUACAAAAAAAACUACGCAACGCGUAACUUUUAUUGAACACUUAUCCAAUGAACUUUUCUAUGAAAUUUUUGAUUAUCUUGAUGGUCGAGAUCUACUCUAUGCAUUUUCAAAUUUAAAUCUGCAUUUCGAAAGUCUUAUUAUGAGUUCCAAAUUUCGAUUAAAAUUUCAUCAUUGUACUCCACAUCUAGAGUUAUUCGAGCAGGAUUAUCAACAAAUAAUUGUACUCAACAAACAUCGAAUUAUUUCACUUCACCUAUGGACUCCAUCACAAUUGCUAACAAGCGUCGUACUGCAUCCUGUUAAUUCAUCAUUUAGUCGACUCGAAUCACUUAUUCUUCAUGGAAUUAAAUUCAAGCAAGCAAUAUCGUUUCUACCUGGCUUAACAAGUCUUCCUGGUCUGUCGUCGUUGAAUAUUUACCUUAAUGAUGCUUUAAGUAAUUCCAAUGCAAUUUAUCAUUUACUCUUUCGUUUAUCGAACUUAAAAUGUAGUAAACUUUCGGCAAGAAGAUAUUUUUCGCAAGAUUUUAUACCAAAUACGUCUAAUCAACAAACGACUUCCAUAAAACAAUUAAUAAUCGAUCAUCCUUGUAAUCUUCAUGGAUUAUAUGAUAUUCUGUCUUUUACACCAAAAAUUCGUCGUCUAAAAUGUGAAAAUUUAUUUCCUAAGUAUGAAAAUAUUUCGAAAGAAAUUCCAUUAAAUAUAUUCAAUUUAACAUAUUGUUCCAUAUCAUUAUGUUACUUGAAAUUUGAUGAAUUUGAAAUAUUCAUCAAAAAAAUAUCUUCUCAACUUCGAGUUCUAUGUUUUAAUCCGUGUUCAGAUAUUUCUUAUCUUGGUGCUGAUCGAUGGCAACGAUUAAUAACGAAACAUAUGCCUCUGUUAUAUACAUUUCAAUUUAAGUAUCAUGAUGCUGUUGUUGGUUACUUUGAAAUUCAACCCUAUCAUUUGUUUAUCAAUCGAUUUACAUCACCAUUUUGGAUCGAACGACAAUGGCUGUUCAACAUUGAAAUUGAUUUUAAUCAUUGGUCACCUUUUGAGAUUAUUUUUUCUAUUCAAUCCAAUAGAAAGCGAUGGGAUGACACUGAUUUUAUCGUAACCGAACAAGAAUCUUUGAAUAUCAUAAAGCCAAUAUCACAACUGACUGUUCAUAAAUGUCGUAUUGCACAUCCUGCUCAGUGGUUUGUCCAUUCUAUUCGUUUUGUUUCGUCUUUAGCAAAAAUAAGCUGUUUACAUAUUGAAUUCAAAUAUUUUUCUAUUGCUGUUCUUAUUGAAUUUUUACAUUUAUUACCUAAUCUUGAUUCACUAACAUUAUUUAUUCAUUUUUCAAAUCAAACUAUGAAACUAACCGAAGAACAGAAUAAUAUGAUUCGUGCGACGUCAACUAUGAAUCAAAUAAUCAAAAUAAAUGUUGAGCAGGCGUUUGAAUUGAACCAAAUUGAUCUUUUCAUUGAUCUUUGUCCAAGAAUAGAAUAUAUAAAUAUACAAUGUAAAGAUUAUAUUCAAUUAGAAUCCAUCAUUCGUUUGAUUUUAACAAAAAACAACUGCAAUCUGCAGUUUCUAUAUUUUUCGAUUCCUGAUGCAGAUGAUGAAAUGGUGCAAAAAAUCAAAGCAAUAAUUUAUUCAGAGCAAUCAGUCGUUCCUUUUAAAAUUCAACGUAUUUCUAAAAAUAUUUAUCUACAGUGGGAGAAACAGUGA